AGCCGCGUGCUCCGAACGGAACCCCCGAACCGACCGGUCGGUCGGCGGGCGAGUGACCGGCUCGGGCUCUGCGGGACAACGAAGCGGCCCAAUGCCAGUGCAUCGAUGGGUGCUCUGGUUGGUGCUGGCCUGUGGUGAGGCUGCUCUGGUGAAGAGGCUCCACAAUGGGACGAACCACUCUGAGAAGUCCGUGCAGCAGAUCGUUCGGGAUGCGGAGCUGGCGAACCUGCGAAUCCUGGAGGCCAAGUGGCAGAAGCUCAACGAGUCCCUGCACUACGCGGAGACGUACCUGGCAGACUCCCGGGAAGAGCUGGCGAAUUUGACCGCGGAGCUGGUGAAGAGCAACCUCUCCCAGGAAAUCCAAGCGGCCAAGGAGAAGUACUCCGAAGUGUUGGUCAGCGAGGCCACCGAGCAAGAGAACCGCGCGUGGCAAGAGACCCUGCGAGCGGAGGAGGAGAUGUUUGAGGCCCGGGAGCGCUAUGCGAAGGCCCUCGAGGCGCUACCAGACGAGGCGCGGAAGAGACUGGAGGCUGCUAGCCCGAAGGAGCGCAGUGCCAGUUGGAGGUGCGGCCCACGUUCCCGCGGAGCUUCUAAGAAGAGAGCGGCUUCUUCCGGAAGAAGGUGGUUUUAUAUGAGCCAUGGAGUGGGAACACUCCACUAAACAAGAACAGGUGGACAGAGGUUCACCCUAGAAGUCCAGUUCGACUAUAUUUAGACCGACUGAAGGAUCCAGAAAAUUCCUUGACUCGGGGUCACCCUUCGGACUGGACCAUUCUUGUGAUAGUCGACUGGACUCCCAGGGUUCACCCUUACUUUCCAGGACAACUGAGGGAGUCAGGAGCUGCCCAAGAUCUUACUGCCAGUCGUGCGUGGCCAGUCUCGGAACCACAUCCGAGAGGAGGGGAAGAAAGUCCCUUCGGGGCCAGCAUUGGUUGGAGCUUAAUCAUCCGGGCUGGGGGGGUGGGGAGGUCCGAUUCUUAGUCAUUUUGGAGAGCCUUGGCGCUUUUGGAAAAGCUGGGGUUUGAUUGAGUUUGUUGAUUGUGUCUUGGCGAGGCAGAUCCACAGCCAGAACAACUUUCACCUUGGCUUCUGCACCUCGAGCCAUUUGACAUCCUUCUUGAUAGGAAAAGGUACUAUUUUGGGCGGUUGGUGGUCCAAAAUGCAUAGACGUCGUCACUCAGGCUCUGGGCAUGUUCUGCUGAUUUCCUUUUCGCCCUGCACCCUCACCACCCCUCACCCCCCCUCACCACCUCAGUUGGCCUCAGUUGGCUCUCGAGGGUGAAACGAGCUCACCCAAACAGACGGCCAUCAACAGUCCUGUGAGGGGCUUCCAUGGGCUCUUCACGCUCUUCACGCUUAGCCUUGUCGCCCUCGCGUGAUCCGACCAAAAGGUCGCUGCUUUCGCUGGUCGCGAAACACGGGGUCCGCUGGUCGCCGCGGUCGCCGGUGAUUUUGGAUGACUCUUAAGGGUCAAGGGGCUCCUUAGACGUCCGGUUUGGCACCGCUGAAGGGGAAGGAAGUUCUGGUCACCAAGAGGGGUCACUGAGUCAGACCUUUGGCCCAGAGACCCCGGACCUGGCGAUCGGGAUCCCUUCGGCAUUUGUAAAUCCUGGGUCCUGGAUGCUGCGAAGCCACCGGAGGAGUCUUCCCGCAUUCGCAGGAGUCUCUUUGCGAAGCCGUCCGUGCUUCUGCCCGGAACUUCUCCACAUAGAUUUGAUACAUGGCACAUAGCGGGAGCCCCUCUCUUCCAGCAGUACGUUUGGCUUUGUAGUAUUGGCAGAAUGGAGCCCGUCAGGGUUUCAGGAUUUAGGAGAUUCCCUUCUCCCCAUGGGGAAUGAGUCGCAUGAUGGGCCUGGUGCCCCGGAACUGUGUUUUGUAUUUUGUUCAGGGGUUUGCUGGGAGUGGGUGAUGCAAACUGUGGUUCAACCCUAGACACGGCCUGGAAUGCAAUGUUGGUGGGUUUUGCGCAAUGCAAUUCUGGAGCUGUUCCCGGCUAAGGUAGACAGUUGAUUAAUACAACACCGCCAGAAAUGGAUUUUGGAACCUCUUCAAGUGGUGUUUUUUCGCUCGACAGUCUACAGUAAUUAGUCGUUCUCAGUCAUGACUCACCGUGAAUCACCCGUGAACACUGCCUGCCGCGGUCUGCCUUUUCGGCCUCCAGACCAGAGCGGGUCAAAACUACAGACACGAACUUCUUGAGAGGCUCAAGAGCUCAGUUUGCACACUCGUUUUGAGCGUCUCAUCCACUCAAGUGUGAAGUAGCUUCACGGAUGUCCAAGCUUCGUUUUGAUCCGGCUUGGCCCCGGCUCGCCCCUUGAACGAUCGGAAGCGCCAGUGGCGUCUAAGCGAUCGGG